GCCAUGCCAUGCCAUGCCAUCCUGUCGCAUCGCCUCUCCUUCCACUUGUCUUUGCGUCUUCCCAUAACCUUCCUUUCCAACCAACCUCCUCUCCCCCUAUCACCGCCCCAUUGUUACUCCGACUAUCUGUACCCGUUGAGCAAGUAGUGUACCUCGUUGUCCAUCGGCCGCUCCAUCACCAAAGAAAGGCCUGGUCGCCUCUAGAGACAUUCACCACCACCACUGCCACCACUACCAACGUCGACGGCUCUUUGUAUCACGACCAAACUUGUGCCCAACUCCUCCUACCCGACACUGCUCACUAUCCAUCCAUCUUUUCAAGACUACCUUAUUCGAACCGACGUCGGUAUUCUCCGCCAACCAUCAACACACUUCUCUCGCCCUAGACUCCCCUCUUGGCCACCUCUACAUCACGAUCGCGCAUCCAAUUCGGGUUGCCAAAGUUGGCUGAUUUCUUGGCCUCACGAGGACAAUCAACUUACCGAACCGCAAGCCAGAAGCCCAGGUCUGGACCGUCCGCUCUGUUCGACCUCGUUUGAGUUGCACCGCACUGCAGUGCACCAUAUCGCAAAACACCUGAUGAAUCGCGGUCGCGGACCCGCGUGCUUCUAAUAACUGGAUGCGCUCUCUCUGAUCCAGUUACACACUUUCUUUCCGCACUCCCGUGGAUCCUGUCGCCACGCUGCUUAUCGCCAUCAACUUCGACGCUGCACCCCCUCUUUCGCCUAAAUCCCCCUCUCAUCAUUUUCUUAGGCCAUCAAUUCCCGGCCGGCUCUUGUUUUCUCACUCUCACCCCACUCUCUGCAGUUCCUAGCGGACGACCAUCCAGCGACUUGUCCGACCGUUCAGUUGCUGCCGAAACCGAUACCCGUCCAAACGCUCAGCUGGCUUGUUUAUGCCACAGACGCAGUCCAAGACGCAAAGGCCGAUAUACACACCGUGGACGAGGCAGACAGUUUGAUACACGCACAGCUGAGACAUCACCAAUCGAGGGCCAUUAGUCGUCGUCCCGCUCUGCCGACCUCGACUUGACCUGUCCGUCUGGACCUCAGGCUCGACUUUGCCCCCCCUUCCCCAACUGGUCCCCCACACUAUCCGAGGGCGACAUUUCACAUCCCGUUUUACACAUUCCACAGCUCACGAUGAACGGCAGUCAACAAGCCCAAGAACCGGCAGCGCAACAGCCUCUACAGCCGCCAGCUGUGGAUGCCGAUGCGGGUGCGGGUGCCGGUGUUGGUGCGAACGGUAACUCGAUGACGGCCAAGAAGCGCAAGAAGGACGGUCUGAAGCCCAUCAUUACCACCGAGACACCCCCGUAAGUUUGAUCAAUGGAGCAUUUUCUUGACUCUUCUUUUGCUUUACGUUGUUUGCAGUUUCGUAAUGUUGUAUUUCUGUUCGUUCCCUAGGCGGAGAACAGUCAAAAUGUGCUCUUCUUCACCUCUCAAUUUUGUUUCCAUUUGGCGCCUCAAGCUUCAUUUGCACAGGACAUUCCCCUCCACUGCUCGCGCUAUUACCCCUCUAUAUUGUCUAAAUGCGCCCGAUACCGCAUGUCCUACCCUACGCUCGUAGCGGGGCGGAGCACGG